AUGAUCACAGUGGUUCCGGGCGUGAGCAGCGUGGUGCGGCGAUGUGUGCACAAGCAGACGGGGCAGGAGUUUGCGGUGAAGAUCAUCGAGGUGACCUCGGAGCGCAUGACCCCGCAGCAGCUGGAGGAGGUGCGGACCUCCACGGGCAAGGAGAUUGCCAUCCUGCGUCAGGUGGCAGGGCACCCCUACAUCAUCACACUCAUCGAUUCCUACGAGUCGUCCACAUUCAUGUUCCUGGUGUUUGAUCUGAUGCGGCGUGGGGAGCUCUUUGACUACCUGACGGAGAAAGUGACCCUGAGUGAGAAGGAGACCAGGUGCAUCAUGCGAGCGCUGCUGGAGGCGGUGAGCUACUUGCAUGCCAGCCACAUCAUCCACCGUGACCUGAAGCCCGAGAACAUCCUCAUGGACGAUCAGCUCAAUAUAAAGCUCUCCGACUUCGGCUUCUCCUGCCGGCUGGAGCCAGGACAGAAACUGCGGGAGCUGUGCGGGACCCCCGGGUACCUAGCCCCAGAGAUCCUCAAGUGCUCCAUGGAUGAGACGCACCCGGGCUACGGCCAGGAAGUGGACCUGUGGGCAUGUGGUGUGAUCUUCUUCUCCCUGCUGGCUGGCUCGCCCCCGUUCUGGCACCGCAAGCAGAUGCUGAUGCUGCGCAUGAUCAUGGAGGGGCACUACCCGUUCAGCUCUCCGGAGUGGGAUGGCCGCCCGGACACUGUCAAGGACCUGAUCUCGCGGCUGCUGCGUGUGGAGCCGUCGGAGCGGCUAACGGCGGAGCAGGCCCUGCAGCAUCCCUUCUUCGAGCGCUGCGUGGGGCGCCCGGUCCGGCUGUUCAGCCCCUACCGCCGGUUCAGGGUGCUGGUGUGGACGGUGCUGGCCUCCAUCCGCAUGUUCAACAGCUACCGGGUGCGCACGCGGCCGGUGACGCGGGAGCUGCUGCUGCGCGACCCCUACGCGCUGAAGGGCGUGCGCAAGCUCAUCGACGCCUGCGCCUUCCGCAUCUACGGCCACUGGGUGAAGAAGGGCGAGCAGCAGAACCGCGCCGCCCUCUUCGAGAACCUGCCCAAGGCCCUGCUGCUGGCCCUGCUGGGCGCUGAGGGCGAGGGGGCGGAGCUGGGCCAGGGCGAGGGGGCGGAGCAUUACUGCAGCACCACUGCUCCUCUCCACUAGGAGGCAGGGACCAGGCUGGGCUGCGGGAGAUCCCCGGGUGGCCCCCCAUAGCCUGGGAACCGCGAGUGGGGGGGGGGGGGGGGUG